GUUUGGUUUGGUCUGCAGAGCGCAGCCCCGCAUGAAGUCGAGCGCACCUGUUUUGUAGAAGCUGUGGAGGAGAUUUUUGUAGAAGCAUAACCCAGUUGUGAGAGAGAUGUCGAGAGGGACAUCCUUCAGACGGUCUGGCUUGACCCACAUCGGCAACACAAACAUCUCUCCAUCUUCGUCACAUGGAAAUUCACUUUCUGAUUUCAACGACAUAAACAACAAUAAAUGGCUUCCUGGCCAAGCCUUCAGUCCCAAAACCAAUUCCAAACAGAAGAUUCUGCCCCGUGAAGUGAUUGACAGGUAUAAGGGUGGAGAGAUGCACCCGGUGUCUGCGUUGUACCAGCUUUCACAGGUUCUGCAGUUUCAGAUGGAUCUAAAGGAAACCGUGACCACCGCAGGUGUUACGGGAUUUUACUUUGCGUUCUGUGUUGUAAUCGAUGGAGUCCAGUAUAAAACCGGGAUGGGCAUCACCAAAAAAGAAGCCAGAGCCAAAGCAGCUGAACUUGCCCUAGAAGAGCUCGUGGCAUGCUCAGAGAAUGCUGGGAUACCUUCAGAGGUUUCUGAGGUGUCUCUGACUGUGAGGGACAAAGACUCGGUCAUACCUGAAGUCCAUUCUGGAAGGGCUGUGUUGGAGAGAAAGAACCCUCUGAAGGAUCAGGUACCCAGCGCGGUGAGGGAGAUCUUCACCAGGCUGAUGGACAGUUACCCAGAAUUCUCUGCCUGUGGCGGAACAGUGGCUGCAUUUGUCAUGUAGUCUCCCACAGGAUGUGAGGUCAUUGCUCUCGGGACGGGCAGUUCCAAUACCAGAGCGAGUCCGGCGCCCACAGGACGAAUCCUGCAUGAUUCUCAUGCGGUGGUAACUGCUCGCAGGUCACUCAUGAGGUUUCUGUACAAAAAUCUCUUGCUGUUCUUCAGUAAGAAUCCCGCUCUGGAGGAGAAGUCGGUUUUCCAGCAGGACCAGACCACCAAACUCCUCAGCUUCAAAAAUCAUCUGACUUUACACCUGUACCUGAGUCAGCUGCCCAAAGGAGCUGCGCAGAUCCCAUCUCAGCUGCGUCUGAAUCCGCUGUCGAUCUCUGCGUGGGAGGUGAACAAUCAGAUCGGGCUUCAUGUUGUGGUGGAAGGGAAGGUCUUCUCGAAGUUCUCCAGGUCGUAUGAGCAGAUGGGCUCUCAUGUGAUCAGCAUGUCUGCAACCGAUAAGACCACACAGUGGCUGGUGCUGGGCUUCCAGGGGGCGCUGCUGAGUCAUUUCAUUGAGCCUGUCUACGUCAACAGCAUAUUCAUUAGCGAGGGAGGCUGCAGUGAUAUACGCGGUUUGCAGAUGGCAGUGAGUCAGCGCGUGGAUGGCAUCACCUCAACCCUUCCGUUGUAUUACUGCGUCUACCGGCCGCACAUCAGCCUGGUGACCUCGGCCGUGCCUGCAGACACGCAACCUUCCCUGAAAUCCCUCAGUUUUAACUGGAGCCACGGCGACCUUACGACUGAGGCGGUGGAUGCUCUGGAGGGCAAGUCAACCGAAGAUUCUCCGUUUAAGAGCAGUCCAGCGUUGGCCAGCCGGCUUUGUAAAGCAGCUAUGAUGAGUCGAUUUAAUUUAGUGGCUAAAGAAGCGCAGAGAGAAGAACUGCUCGCCGCCGUCACAUACAGAGAAGCCAAGAUGAUGGCGAAGCCGUACCAGGAAGCAAAAAGCGUCCUGAAAUCUUACCUGGUGAGAAAGGGAUACGGCCAGUGGGUUGAGAAACCGCCGAUCAGCGAUCAUUUCUCGAUGUGAGACAUGCCGAGACGUUACAAACACAUUACGUAGUUAUUUAUUUGUUUAAAUAGUUUGGUGUCGUGAUCUUGCUCGUUUUGCUUGUUUGUUUUGUUUUAUUAACGGCAUAAAAAGAUGGCACUUUUAGACAAUCGAGAUGCAAGUUUCUCUUCCUCCGAGUAAUGUAUCGAUGAGAAAAAGAAUGACAGAACAGACUAAAUAGACCACAACGUUACAUGAGAACAGGGGGGUGAAGUUCUGUUUGUUCAUCAAAGCGAAUGAAAAUAAAAAUAAAAAAUGUUCCUUUUCCCUCAUUUGGUCAUUGUUUUAGCGUGUGCGCUCUGUAUUUCGGUUGUUUUGUUUGUGUGGCAAACAUUUACGUUCAUGCUGUUGCGUCACACUGUAAUACCGAAUCUGUAUGAGUUUCUUCUUCAGAACACAAAAGAAGAUAUUUUGAAGAAAGCUGGUAGUUAAACGACACUGAACCCCAUUGACUUCCAUCAUAUGAACACAACACCGCUGAGACAUUUCUCAAAAUAUCUUCUUUUGUGUUUCACUGAAGAAAGACACGCAUACAGGUGUACAACCACAUGAAGAUGAGUAAAUUUGGGUUUUUAGGUAAACUAUCGCUUUUCCAGUCGAGACCGGUGCCAUGAAGAAGGUUGUAGUGUUGUAGUGUAGUAUGUUUGGAGAGGUAAACAUCACGCUUCAACACAGGAAACCUCAGUGGCUUCCUGUUAAAGCUUUCACUGCAUCCAGUGUCUUUAUGAUAGUGAGGAUCGGCCUUUCAUUGAAUUGUGAUUGCUGUCGCGACGCAGAGAAGACUGCAAAUAAACACUGAGACUUCGUACCCCAUCAACAAGCAAUGAGGAUUUGUGAAUGGACUCAUGCAUGUCUUCAGAAGGGCGGAAGACAUUCCUGAAGCGGAGUAAAACAUGCUUGUGAAAUGUGUCAUUUUUCCUGGGCUUUAUCCGAGAUGACUCUCUCUAAAUGCCGAGCUAUUUAUAACCCACGUACAGUGCAGCUCGGCCCCCUGUGUCAACAGCUACUGUAAGUCACCGAAGAAACUUACAUCACAUUUAAAAAUGAGGCUAUUCAAUUGGCAGCCCCUGGCCCAGACAUGCCCCUCGAUGUCAUUUGUUCAGGCCCGGCUCCAGAUAUGAGAUGAAAGGUUGGCCAAGUGAUUUUCCAGAUUGGAUGAGUUUAGCUUCCUGACUGCCUGGUGGAUGAAGCUCUCAUUAUAGUCUGGUCCUGGCCUGGAGACUUUGCGGAUGAGACGAGCUCCAUAAAUAUUUGAUUAGUGAUUUGGUAUAAUUUUACAGAAAAAGGUAAUGGAAACUUGUUCAUAUCACAUGAGCAAUAUAGGCUAUUUUUAACAAAUUUAGCAUAAAUCAAAACACAUUUCAUAAAUCACCAAUCAAAUAUACCAGUCAUGGCCAAAAGUUUUGAGAAUGACAAAUAUUAAUUUUCACUAAGUCUACUGCUUCAGGGAUUUUUAUAUGUUUUUGUCAGAUGUUGCUAUGGUAUACUGAAGUAUACUUACAAGCAUUUCAUAAGUGUCAAAGACUUUUAUUGACAAUUACAUUAAGUUCACGCAAAGACUCAAUAUUUGCACUGUUGGCCCUUCUUUUUCAAGACCUCUGCAAUUUGCCCGGGUAUGCUGUCAAUCAACUUCUGGGCCACAUCCUCACUGAUGGCAGCCCAUUCUUGCUUAAUCAAUGCUUGGAGUUUGCCAGAAUUUGUAGGUUUUUGUUUUGCUUGAGGAUUGACCACAAGUUCUCAAUGGGAUUAAGGUCUGGGGAGUCUCAGGAUGCUUUACUGUUGGCAUGACGCAGGACUGAUUGUAGCGCUCACCUUUUCUUCUCCGGACAAUCUUUUUUCCAGAUGCCCCAAAGAAUCGGAAAGGGGAUUCAUCAGAGAAAAUGACUUUACCCCAGUCCUCAGCAGUCCAAUCCCUGUACCUUUUGCAGAAUAUCAGUAUGUCCCUGAUGUUUUUCCUGUGGCUUCUUUGCUGCCCUUCUUGACACCAGGCCAUCCUCAAAGAGUCUUGGCCUCACUGUGCAUGCAGAUGCUCUCACACCUGCCUGCUGCCAUUCCUGAGCGAGCUCUGCACUGGUGGUUCCCGAUCUCGCAGCUGAAUCAACUGUAGAAGAUGAUCCUGGCGCUUGCAGGAAUUUCUUGGGCGCCCUGAAGCCUUCUUCACAACAAUUGAACCUCUCUCCUUGAAGUUUCUGAUGAUCCAAUAAAUGGUUGAUGUAGGUGCAAUCUUACUAGCAGCAAUAGCCUUGCCUGUGAAUCCCUUUUUGUGCAUCGCAAUGAUGACUGCACAGGUUUCCUUGCAGGUAAGCAUGGUUACCAGAGGAAGAAGAAUGAUCUCCAGCACCACCCUCCCUUUAAAGCUUCCGGUCUGUUAUUCUAAUUCAUUCAGCAUUACAGAGUGAUCUCCAGCCUUGUCCUCGUCAACACUCACCUGUGUUAACCAGAGAAUCACUGACAUGAUGUCAGCUGGUCUUUUUGUGGCAGGGUUGAAAUGGAAUGUACAUGUUUUUUUUUGGACUAAGUUCAUUUUCAUGGCAAAGAGGGACUUUACAAUAAAAUUCAAUUCAUCUGAUCACUCUUCAUAACAUUCUGGAGUAUAUGCAAUUCGCCACCAUAAAAACUGAGGCAGCAGACUUUGUGAAAAUGAAUAUUUGUGUCAUUCUCAAAACUUUUGGCCACGACUGUAGAAUAGCUACUAUUAGCUAACAAUAUUUUAGUGGAUUCGCUCUUGGUUGUCUCUCCCGAAACUCUGCCAUAUUUAGCUAGUUCUACAUGUUUAAAUGCAUUAACCAGGAAUCCUAAUAUUUUGUUACUUGUUGCGUGAGAAAAUAAAUGUUUUUGUCUACAUCAUGUAGUAAAUGGAGUAGGUUCGGGUUGCGGCAUUUUUGUCAAAUGGGUAGGGUCGGAUACGGAAUUAAGUGCUUAUCAAACAGGACCAGUGCUGGACUCUGACGCAGAGUCUCUGAGAGAAUCACGCCAAGUCCGUUCACUGCAAUGGAACAGUUUUUUCACAGCAACAGCGGUUCACGGAUCCUCUCUCUCAACGGCUCUGGGUGGAGGCAGGGUGGGUUUGGCCACCCCGUGGAGCCGGGCCUGAACACCAGUGCAUGGAUGAUAUUGAACUGCAGAAAAGCAUCAUAAAAGAAGUUCAUCAGACUUAAAUCAAGUCAUUUUUUUUCUCUUGUGGUUUUUACAGUUUGCUUAAUACCACAUAAAUCCAUUUUACCACACAAAGAUCACAGAGUUUAAUGUCAAACACAAAACUGCGUGCACAAUCUGUGUUUUUUAAAGCGCAGCCGAGUCUGUCUACAUUUUUUUCCUUGUAUGAAAAGAUUAAGAACAAUUAAUUUCUCUCUAUAAAGAAAAUCAUUGAGGUUUGGGUUAAUGAUGGGUGAGCUUGACAUUUAUUGGGUGAAUGUGUGUUUUCUUCGGUUUUACCACUUGCUGUGAUCACGGUUUUAUGAUUUCAAUUCACUGAUACAUGACUGGUUUUAUGAUCAAUUUGCUUUGCAGUGGAUAAUCUGUCUUGACACACUUUUUACAAACAACACUGACAGUGGGCAUCUUAAUAAAUAUGAUAAGAGUUAUCCAAAUUAAAAAAAGAAGAGGCAUUCAUUUAAACAAAAUAAAAUAGAAUAAAAAUAUAGUGGAUUACUGAUCAGUUGAGGAAGGGGGGGGGAUGAUUGAGUGAUUAAAACAAGAACAAAUCUGCCAAUGAUGAGAAAAAUCAACUUAAAUUGAAAACUUUUCCCCUAACUUGUUCUGGGAAACACGGCCAAAAUGCUCAGUUUGAAAUUAAUUAUUUUACAGUACAGAUAAUAAUAGUAUGUUAGAAAAGGCUAUCACUUUUGUUGUCUAAUCCGUAAUCUUUAUCUCGACUGUUUUUACAAUCGUAUGACCAAUAGCGUCAGGGUUUUUGCACGAAUGGACGCAAUGUUGAAAGGUGGCGGCGCUGUUGACGCACCUGCAGCAGUCGAGUGACGUAAAUACGCAGCUGUUCGCAUUACAUUGAGGUGCGUUGGGUUUUUUAUUCAGUUUGUUCACACAACUGUGGAUUUUAGCGUUGACAAUGUUUAAAACCUGAAAGGCGUCAAUGUUCGUCCAACAUGUCUACUAAAGUGACUUUAUCUGGUGUGUUUGGGCGCAUACCAUUAGAUAUAUCGUUCAAUGAUGUGAUCAUGUGCAGUUCGAUGCUGUGCUUGUUGAAAUGGUGUUUUAAAAAUGACAUAUUUUGCUUUUAUCUAAAGCUCACCACGUGUUUUAUAUGAUCAGAUGUGAUGUUAUGAUACAAAAAAAUCAGUCGUAAAAUCAAUUUGUAGUUCUGGAACAUAAACCCGUUGUGGCUGAUUUUACUCGCGUAUAGCCUUUCCUUAUCAGCAGAGGGCGCUCGUGCUUCACUUUUCUGUACCAGACAACCUGCGGUAACAUAUGUUGAGUGUUCUUCACUAUAAAGAUGUGGGCUUAUUAGAUGUGUAAAUCACCCUGCUGGAAAAAUAGAAUAGAAUAAAAAUGACAAUGGUUAGAAAUUCUAAUGGUUUCCAUUAGCUACAAGUGUCAUUAUGAAUCAGCAGCUGUUUACUUUGUUUUGGGUUUUCUUCCAGUUAGAUGUAAUGGUGUUGUGUUGUUUCCCAACCUUCAACAUCCCACUACCCAACUCAACAUAUUCCAUUGGAUUAUAAUAAUACAAUUCUUAUUAUUAUUAUCAAAUUAUUACAUUUUCUGUGAUUUCUAUGAAAAUUUCUGUUUUUUUUCAGGGCAUGGGUAUUUUCAUUUGUAAUGAAAAUUCCAUAGGCACGGUCAUUUUACAUGUCCAUGUUUUUUUCAGACAUGUACAUUUAUACCUUUAGCACACUCUUUCAUCCAUAGCAACUUACACACGAGAUAUGUUUACUAAUACUAGAAAUAUGUUUACAAGUAGAAUAGAGGUAAACAGCAUAAGAUAGGUGCUUUUUAUUGUUAGCAAUGUUAAAUAGGAGUAAAUUUAGUUAAGUUAAGUAUUGUUAGGAAGCGGUGUGUCUUUUGCUUUUAAAGGUUUUUUAGCUGGUAGUUGGAAUGGCUAAAUCAGAUGGAUUUUGGUUCCUUGAGCAUUUCUUUGAAACCACUUUGAGUAAAUGACAACAGUCCUCAUGUUUUGUCAAUGGCAACUGAUGCUGAUGGAAAACACUUGACCAAUCAACUGUUGCUGUGGUUACGCAGAUACCUCUUGUGUUCAUGAGCAUCAAAUGCACUCUGAUUUAUAUGUUAUUAGUCAAAAAUAUACACUUUGUGAUGUUAAGUUGUAAGCAGCAUACUGUAAGCUUUUCUCUAUAUUUGUUCAAUUAAGGUGUUUUAUGUACAUUUGUAAUGCAACAUCUUAAACUAUUUUAAAUAUACAUCAUAAUAUAAUGUGGCCAGGAUUAGAUUACAGGGCAGGCUGCGAUCAUGUUGAAGGUGCCUGAUGUAAAGGUAUUUUUAUACUAUGACAGAGGGAUUGUGUUAUUCUGGAAACAUAACGUAACCUAAAUAUAAACAUUUUCUUUAGACAAACAUACCUCAAACACUGAAAAAAAUGACGUGUAGAAUUUACUUAAUAAAAUCCUUGUAACAAUUUGCACAAAUAUUUUUUAAGGAAAAUGUGCUGC